AUGCAGAAGAUAUUGGAGGAUGAUAAAAAGCGAUUCGAUUGUGAAGCACUUGACGGAAUAUUAGGAGAAUACGAAAAGGAAAAAGAGAAGGUGAACCAGAUCACCGAAGAGCCCCACGACGAGCUCUCGGAUAGACAUUUUCCGCUUUUAAUCAAGUACGAUAACUUAAUGAGGGAAAAAGACAAUUUCAUCAAGGAGAAAGGAAGAAUCAACUUCGCAUCGACUAAAUGCCGUCUCAACAAGCGCAUAGAAGGCGCCAAAUUGAAACGUGAGUAUCAAUUUGCGCGGCGCGCUGUCGAAACGACGGAGAAAAGAAUCGAAUACCUGAACCAAUGCAUCACUAACAUGAAAAUCGCAAUUUGGAACCAUUUUAUGGCCCCAAUAGACGAACACUUCAGGACCACUACAACUUUCAACACAUCCAGUCAGGACAUCGAAAAAUGGAAAAGAAUCCGCGAAUAUUACGAAACGCCAAUAAAGAUAAUAACAUUGGCGGACGUCAUCGAACAAUAUCUAAUGGAGAAAAAACUGUACCAAGAAUCUAAUCGCAAACUAUAAUCAUAACCAAUCGUAGCCGUAAUCAUUACAAAUCAGAGCGUACAAGUCGGGGAUGUGGAGCCGUCAUCAUUUCGUCAGAUACCGGGACGGUAUCUCGUGCUGGUCGGGGAUGUGGAGCCGUUAUCCUUAGACUUAUUAAUAUUAUGUUAUCCUUAGACUUAUUAUUGUAUGCUUUGAUUUAUCAUAAAUUAGUAGUUUAUCUAACCUAUCUUUAGUAUUAUGGAACCACGAGGACCCAUUUCCUCACAUUGGCAAACAGAAGCGAAUGGAACGACAGAGGACGCUCAAUGGAAAGAAGACCGAGAUCUAGACCAGUUAGUCCAUGGGGACGCCCGGCGAGUCGUCCAGUCAGCCCAAGAAAUCAACAAGGAAAGCGGUCAUCACAUGGAGGUUCCACCGACAUUGGAAAUCCUCCGAAGAGGGUAAAGUCUCUGGUUUUAAUUAACUAUUACGCAACGGAAAAGCUACGCAAAAAUCUAAUUUCAUUUCAAAGCUAGGAAUUUUUUUGAAAUUUUUAAUUGUAAAUAUACUUAUGUUAAUGUCAAUAAUAAAUAAUUCGAUACGAUUAAACUUUAACUUGAUAAUUCGUCAAAAAAAACGUCUGAAAAUUUCGCUGCUUGAAAAAUCUCGACAGGUAAGAUACCCCCUCAAUAUCCCUGGAAAAUGAAAAAAGUUUUUUAAUUUUAAGAUUCUACGAAAGCGUUCACAAUUGAUAAGAAUCGGAAGCAGAAUCCGAAGCCAACAAGGAAAAUUUGCAGAAAUUUCAAAUUCGGUUAGUUUUGCUAACUUCACUUUUUUGAAAUUACCUAACCUACGAAUAUUGAAUUUUUCAGACUCUACAACUUCAACUUCACAUCAUAUCAAAACUAUCAGCAGCCGUUUUUUUUUUAA